AUACUAAGUGUCAGCAUAUUCAGAAUGCAACACUCGGUUUUCAGUACUUUUAUCUUAAGUCUUAAGGCAAGACAUUAAGGCAUUAUCGUUGUCUUAAGACAAAAUUACUCUCACAGAAAAGCAACAUUAUCGUUGAAGUCUUUUUUUUUUCUCCAGGUACUGGUAGACAUUGAUUAGACUUCGAUAGCAUUGUUCAACUUCUUUGGUUUUGUCUCUGCAACGAUGGCUGGUAAUAGAAGCAAGUGUAUAGAGGGCCCAUAAAAGCUUAUUUUUCCAAUCCUCCGUUAUUUUCCAGCAGUUUUAAUAAAUGGUUUAGGAAAAGCUUUCUUGCUCUAUACAAAGACAUUGCUGAUAUGUCUGACAGUCUGACAGACGGGUUUUUCAAAAUGCGUGUCCUAAUGUGUAUGGUUUGCUGAGGUCUUUUCCAUUUGUUUAAAACAGUUAAGGGGCUUGUUGGACAUGAAAUACACUACAUGCAGAGAAUUAAUCAGAUGCAGUACUGGGAGCUGUAACUAUUAUAAAUACUUGCAUGGAAAAAAAUUGCUUCAAGAGCUGGAGUGCUUUGUUGAGGUGAAGGAGGACCUAGGAAGAUAUUUUAGGCUAAGAGAAUAAUGAAAUUUUAUUAAAAGUAUUAUCAUAUUUCUGGUGGAACAGUAAGUUUUGCAUGGUGAUGUCUAGAAGCAUUUCUAUCAGACCUUUGGAGAUCCAUGUUUGAGAGGAAGGGGUGAUGUGUUUGUGCUGGUCAUGUUGCACCAUUCCUCAAUUCUUAAAUUCUUUCUCUGUGAGGCCUCUAACUACCCUUUCAAAAAUGUAAUGGGAUGGAAUCAGCACAACUUUCUUCAGAAGUGGUUCAGGCAAGUAUUAGAGUACCUGAUGUGAAGACCAGAAACUACAAGGAAGAAUGUUCAGAUUAGCAUAGCAGCUACAUUGGAAGUAUUGAGGCUUUUUUGUUUCCAGAGUAAGUAGGUCAACUGGAAAAAGAGGGAGUAUGCUGGUGGCUGUAGCUCUUCCUGUUACCAUGGCUUGUUGCAGUCCCUACCUGUGUUGUGUGGGCUUAGUUGUAGCUGCAGAACAUUGUUUUUCUUAGUUUGUUCUGAGAAGAUUGAGAUUUCACUUCAGACUAUUCUGUGGACGAAGAGCUGUGCUUUUUAUUGCUUUUUAUGAAACCUUGCAGAGCUCCGUAUUUUGGCACGUCAGCACAAUUUCUGAGCAAGUGCUGUUUCAGGGCAUCUGAAACUGCUACAUGAAACUUUUUUUGCACAAGAUCUGCAAAACAAACAAAUUGAUCUUUUUCUCAGAUCACACUGCAAGAUGAUGCUCUUUCCAGUAGUCCUGAUUAAUGUCAUUAAUCAUGAUUAAUUUCCAUGUAUGCAUUUUUCAUUCUUUUUAGUAAAUUCACAAAUUUAGAGCACUUGCAAGUGAAUUUUGUUUGUGCAUCUGUAAAGAGUAAAAGUGAUUAUGUUCUGUCAUUAACCUCGGGUUUUAUCCUCUGCAGUUGCAAUUUUGUAGGUAUUAAUGAUGCUGUUCUUGCUUUCCACUAUUUCAUGUAUGUGAGACUCCUUUGCAUACUGCCACACUCUACCUUGAUUCAAUUAGAAGGGUUUGUGUGGAGCUGUCUGCAAAAAAAAAAAAGAGGGAAGAAGAACAAAAGUGAAGAUGUAUGGGAGGUUGGAGGAAGGAGUAAUGGAGUAGUGGGCUGGAAGGCUAGAGGAGGGUGUUGUUAAGUCAGCUGUAAUAUAAGGGUGAUGUUAGAAAUAGCAAGAUGCUCGUUCUUUAAAAAAUAGUGUGUUUUUUCAAUGACAGUUGUCUGAAAGAUGGUACAGCUGGUAGCUCUUCAGGCCUUCUUGUGAAUCACAGAGCACUGAUGGGCUGGAGUGCCAUUUGGGGAAUUCACACGCUUGCUUUUGGUCACUUCUAAGGACUGAUCCAAACUAGCUCUUUGUAGCGUGACAGCUGUGAUGUGAGCAGUUUACAGUGUAGUAACUCAGGUUUCUCUUUGUGUGUGUGUGUGCAUAUAUUUUAAUUAUAAUACUCCUAUUUUUCUCCUUACAUAUAUGUUACAAUGAGAUCUUGGUAACUUAGAUCAAUUCUGGAUGUCCUAAGGCAUAAUGAGCACCUCUUAAGUCAGUGGCAUGGUAUGUUUUUAGGGUCCUGCAUCUGCAAAUCUCAACUGAGUUCAGCUGUGUAAAUAGAAGUGAGAUGGCCACUACCCUGGCACAACCUGAGUACUUUGCUCUUCUCCUGCAUCUUCCCAUGGAAAAUAAAUCUUGCCUAUACAACUAUGCAAUGCUUGAAUUUUAGACCACCAAUUUAAACGUCUGACUUGCCAAGCCUUAUUACUGGGUUACAUUUGCAUCUAUGUUUUAGGGUCCUCAUAGGGCCUGUCUGUGGGCUGUAAUGAGGAAAUUUCUGCCGUGGUGGGUUUAUGGUGCAGGGAAGACGGUUUGUCAGUGAGUGUACGUGAGAAUAAAGGACUGAAGGAUUUGAAAGGAUGUGAUUUCCUUUCCCACUUACCACAGUCCGACUUAAUUUUUCAUUCUCAGACAAUUUUUGCUUGAGGUAAGAUUAAGCCUAUGGAUGACUACCGGAAGGCUGAAGAAUGUGUAAUACAGUUGCUCACUGAAAUGCUAACCCAGAAUGUGUUCGGGAAGGGAUUCUGUUUUGUAAGUGGAACCUGAGUCUUUCCUCCUGCCUGCAGCUCCUCCUGUAGCAGUGGAAUGUCCCCUCGAUCCCUUCCCAUUGGCCAGGGAUGUUUGUCCAGAUGUUUGCUUCUUCCAUAAAAGAUACGGAUCGCUUGACAGGGUCCGCAUUUGGGAGGUGCUGCGGCAAAGGAAAAAAUGACACAGCGUGUUUAUUUGGUUAUCUUGCUUCUGUGUCUCAGAUUAAUGUAUCCCCUUGUAACUGGAAUUUUUAUGGAUAAACUUGCCAGCAAGAAGCUGUGUGCUGAUGAUGACUGUGUCUACACCAUUUCCCUUGUCAGAGCAGAAGAGGAUUAUAAUGCUCCAGACUGCAGAUUCAUUAAUAUUAAAAAAGGGCAGUUGAUUUAUGUUUACUCAAAACUAGUGAAGGAAAAAGAAUCUGGAGAAUUCUGGGCUGGAAGUGUUUAUGGAGAAGAGUAUGAAGACCAUAUGGGGACAGUUGGUUAUUUCCCUAGCAGUUUAGUCUCAGAACAACAUGUCUAUCAAGAAGCAAAUAAGACAGUUCCUACAACGGACAUUGAUUUCUUCUGCGAAUAGUGCUGAAGAUGGCUACGUAAUCUCUAGGGUGCCACAAGAAAAGCUGACAAAGAAACAUGGACCCUCUCACUGAACAUAUAUAUUUUUAAUCGAUGUUUAUAAGAUAAGUAGUGUUUCAAAUGCAAAAGUUGAUUUAAAGGGAGUUAUUUGGGGUAGGAGGAAUGGCCUCAUAACAGACUUUAUUCUUUAGAUUAUUUUUCUUAUCUACAUAUUCUUUGCUUGUUAAUAAACCUAGCCUUUGAAUUAUUGUA